AUGAUCAACUCCACUCAGGUGUCAUCUUUCACUCUUGUUGCCUACUUUGAAACCAGGCUGUUUAAAUACUUAUAUUUCAUGAUUGUAAUGUCUCUGUAUAUUUUCAUUCUUGUGGCCAACCUGCUGCUCAUCGUGGUGAUCUGCAUGAACAGAAGCUUACAUGAGCCUAUGUACCUGUUCCUGUGCAGCCUGUUUGUGAAUGAACUGUAUGGUAGUACAGGCUUGUUUCCGUUCCUUCUGCUGCAGAUUCUCUCUGACGUUCACACUGUUUCUGCUUCCUGUUGCUUCCUGCAGAUCUUCUGUGUUUACUCUUAUGGGACUGUGGAGUUUUUCAGCUUAGCCGUCAUGUCUUAUGACAGAUAUGUUGCGAUCUGUCAUCCUCUGCAGUAUAACACACGUAUGACAUAUAGUAAGAUCGCCCUGCUCAUUGCUGUCUCGUGGUUAUAUCCUUGUUUCAUUGUUUUGGUCACUGCGUCGUCGAGCGCCUCUUUACGGCUGUGUGGGAACGCCAUUAACAAGGUGUACUGUGACAACCACGCCAUCGUUAAACUGGCGUGCUCCAACGCCAGAAUAAACAACGUAUAUGAACUUAUUGCAGCUUCUCUCACAGUCUGUGUUCCAGGAUCUCUGAUCUUCUACACGUACGCGAGGAUCCUUCAGGUGUGUUUUUCUGGCUCUAAGCAGACGAGACAGAAAGCCGUCAGCACCUGCACGCCUCACCUGGCCUCCCUGCUCAACUUCUCUUUUGGGGUUUCCUUUGAAAUAUUACAGAGCAGGUUCAACAUGAACUUUGUGCCCAACGUGUUACGAAUUUUCUUAUCUUUGUACUUUCUGACAUGCCAGCCGCUCUUCAACCCUGUGAUGUACGGCCUCAAACUGUCCAAAGUCCGCACAGGAUGUAAGAGCGUGCUCGUAAGCUGUGGUCAUCCAACAGGUGUGUUCACCUGGACCAACACCAGAAAAGUCGCUCACUCGUGUGAUCAGUGGACGAAUCCAAACGUUCGUCUUCGUCUUCGUCUGUCUGAUCUGAACAGUCGAUGA